GGGGUGAACAUACCUACCUGCGAGCGGUGCGGCAGACAGUUCACUUCGCGCAACCGGUUGCUUCAGCAUUUAGGAAGGUGCACUGCCGAGGUCGGCCCGUCACACGCACGGCGGGGAAGGCGAGUGGAGAUAUCACUCGACGCUUCUGCAAUGCCGCCCGACACGAGUCUAGGCGUCGCUAGUCUACCUGCUGCCCCGCCAGUCCCUGUUCGCUCAAUUCUGCGGCAAACCUCCGCAUACUCUGGCGCAGGCGACGAAAGUCCCGCUGCGAGUACGGCAGCGCAACAGGCUGACGGCAGCAGCGUGUCUGAAGGCUCUAGCGCAUCAUCCGCGAUGGAUCAGCACCUUGACAGCCUACGACAGGGCAUAGCAGACAACCAGAAUGCAACCGCUGGCGUUUCCUCUUCUGCUGCGCAGCCUCAUACGAGUACGCAACAGCGCGCAGCAUAUGUCCCGCGGCAACAGCGUCGCGAACAGCGAGAAGCACGCGGUGACCUCAGCGAGCGCGCAGUGAGACACGCUGCACGAGAGGAGCGACUGCGACAGCAGCUUGAUGGCCUUUCGCGUGCCAGUAGAAGAAGGCAACGAACAGACGAGGAGGUAGCAGAAGAUGCCGGGCCUCCUGCGCAGAGACUGCGCACUGAAACUGGGCGCGCAUUUUUUGCACACUGCUCGGCAGAUUUCUCUGAGGCGGAGAAGGCAUGGGACACCGGACUUGGACUGGAUGAGCCUCUUUUUGACAAUGGCAAACUACAUCCAACAGUGCUGCAAGCGUUAGGAAAUUGCGCAGGUGGGAUGGAUGUUAAGCUGAAGGACGGCCGAGUCUAUCUAGCACCAUCGACGCACGUUCCUCUGGGCUCGACACAGCGAAGCUUCGACUUCACAGCCCUGCAGGCAGUCUCCGCGAUUCUUGCAGAGAAACCCGCCCAGAAAAAGUUCACCUUCAAGCUACUGGCUGGUGACAACAGGCCCUGUUUUUUGAUGUCGCAACUUUUGAACGGCGAGUGUAUUCAGAGCAAGCUCAACGCGCGCGACAAUCGGGGCGAGAUGCAGUACUUCUGCACUGCAGUGGAGAUUGGUAGAGACCAACUGCCUGCUGAGCGAUUGCGCGGAAACUACUGCUUGGUAGCCUGGGGCGACACGAUGGCGCCUCGUUUCCUCAGUAUUGAAGAAGCUCAUUGUGAUUUUGCUGGAUGUUUUGUGGCGCGAGUCUACUACGACGUCAUGGAUGACGUCCACGAGGCGGCAGAGGCAUAUACACGCGAGAAAGGCCUGAAAAGUAGUGCACUUACGAUCACCCUCGAAGAUGCUGCUGCGGUCGGCUUAAGCAGUUACAUUUAUGCAGCAAUUUGCGCCGAGGCGCUUGCGAUCGACAGACAUGGCGUUUUGGGCGAGCGAUUCAAGAAGGCGGAGCUGACAAGGCUUAAGAGAAACCUCGUCACGAGUAGGCUCCUGAUUACGAUAAAAGUAGAUAGGACCACCGGUCUGCUGAUAAAGUUCAAAGUCCGCUGGAUUUCUCGUGGUUUUCAAGAUCGCCGCUUUUUCCAGAAUCGUGUAGGCGAUAUUCCGUCCUGUCGGUCGCACACAGCACACGACGCAUCAAUCACGCUGGUCGCGCAGUUUGUGAGUGAUCGUGAUUGCUUUCCCUCUUGUCGUUGAGGGUUCCUUCCUCUUAUAGGAGGAUGAUAAUACUUAUUAGUGCUCCAUCUAUGCCUAAGCAAUCUAUUACUCUUUGGGCUCUUUCUCAAUUGAGACCGAUUACCGACGCAGUGAUGAUCAUCUUCUUCCCCUUGGAACCAGAGAUCAUUCCGUGACCUGAUGGGAUGGUUCAUCUCGAUCCCACCUGAUAUUGUGAUAGUGUCCCUUUUCAGAGUAAGUCCGAACACGUUGUAUGUCACUCCCAAGUUGUCAACUGCUAGAACCUUUAUGACAAAUAGCUCUGGAUUAGUUCAGACUCGAAGACCUGAG